AUGCUCGCUGACGAGUUCAAGGCAACAGGAGAACUCCGCCCACGCAAGUUCUUCUCAAUCGAUAGAGUUUACAGAAACGAAACACUUGAUGCUACACACCUUGCUGAAUUCCACCAGGUCGAAGGCUUCAUCAUUGACAAGAACCUUUCCCUUGGCGACCUCAUGCGUAACAUCAGAGAAUUCUUCUCUCGUAUCGGCCUCAAAAUUAGACUCGUUUCCUUUUUCUUUGGUAUGAGAUUUAAUAAUCUUGUUAUGUUAAAUUUAUGA